AUGGCCCUUUCCGUGCGCACGAGUGGCGGGUCCCGGCAGUUCUCCUCCCGGAGCGGAAUUCCCGGGGGAUCUCUGAGGAUCUCCAGUUCUAGUGGUGCAGGAGGCUUUGGUGGCAGCGGGCUGGGGUUUGGUGGAGGGUCUGGUGGAGGUUUUGGUGCUGCUUCCCUGUUGGGCUCAGGCUCCGGCUUCGGUGGGGGCUUUGGGAGCAGCUUAAGCAGCGGCUUUGGGGGAGGCUCUGGAGGGGGUUUAGGUGCCAGCUAUGCAAGUGGCUUAGGCAGCGCUUUCGGGGGAGGUUUGGGAAGCGGUUUUGGCAGCAGUUCAGGUGCUGGUUUUGGAAGCGGCUUUGGAGGUGGCGCAGGGUCUGGGUUUGGAGGUGGGUAUGGCCCUGCUGGUGCUGGGGAUGGUGGCCUUCUUUCUGGCUCGAAAAAGGAAACCAUGCAGAACCUCAAUGACCGUCUGGCUGCGUAUCUGGACAAGGUGAGAUCUCUGGAGGACGCCAACACCGAGCUGGAGCGCAAAAUCCGCGAGUGGUACGAGAAAAGUGGCCCUGGCACUGGCACCCCUGGAUCUGGGAACGACUACAGUAAAUUCUAUCCUCUCAUUGAAGACCUUCGAAACAAGAUCAUUAAUGCAACCAUCGACAACGCGAGGAUCAUUCUGCAGGUUGAUAAUGCCAGACUGGCUGCUGAUGACUUCAGACUGAAAUAUGAGAAUGAAGUGGCUCUUCGGCAGAGUGUGGAGGCCGACAUCAACGGUCUGCGCAGAGUCCUGGACGAGCUGACCCUGACCAGGGCGGAUCUGGAGCUGCAGAUUGAGAGCCUGAACGAGGAACUGGCUUACCUCAAGAAGAAUCACGAGGAGGAGCUUCAGGGCAUCCAAAGCAGUGAAAUGGGCCAAGUCAGCGUGGAAAUGGAUGCUGCUCCAGGGACUGACCUGACCAAGCUUCUGAAUGACAUGAGGGGACAGUAUGAAGUCAUUGCCGAGCAAAACCGUAAAGAGGCCGAGGCGUGGUUCAACGAAAAAAGCGGGGAGCUGAAAAGGGAAAUCUCCACCCAUACCGAGCAGCUCCAGUCGGGGAAGAGCGAGAUCACGGAUUUAAAACGGACCCUGCAGAGCCUGGAAAUAGAGCUGCAGUCUCAGCUCGCCAUGAAAAAAUCCCUGGAAGACACUCUGGCAGAGACGGAAGGCGGUUACUGCGCUCAGCUGUCCCAAAUGCAGCUGCAGAUCGGGAACCUGGAGUCCCAGCUGCUCCAGGUCAGGGCUGACAUGGAGCGCCAGAACGCGGAGUACCAGCAGCUCCUGGACAUCAAGAGCCGCCUGGAAAUGGAGAUUGAAACCUACCGGCGCCUGCUGGACGGAGAGGGCGCAGGACAGGCAGUUACGUUUGAAAGCUCAUCCUUGACGGGGUCCAAAUCUCAAACACAAUCACUGGAUUCUUCUCAGGAUCCAACCAAAACUAGAAAGAUCAAGACAAUUGUUGAAGAAGUGGUAGACGGAAAAGUUGUUGCAUCCCACGUUAAGGAAGUCGAAGAGAAGAUAUGAGGCACAAUCUGAUGUGGC